AUGUGUCAAGCGCCUCAUCCGAUGGUGGUUGUGGAGACUCGAGGCCGGAAAGAGCUGUGUAGGGGAAGGGGUGUUCGACCGAAUGGAGGCUGCCGGCUCGGCGAAAGCAAUUCAGAACAGGAGAAAGGUCCGACACCAAAGCGCAGACGUGUGCACCGAGAGAAUACAAUCACGACGGACGACGCAGACGAGAAGGAAUUAGAUUAUCCAAAGUACACAGUGGCCCGCAUAAUCGAUCGCCGUGGGAGUAAGGGCACACGUCAGUACUCGGUCCAGCGGGAGGACAAGAUGGCAGAAUGGAAGUGA